AUGACAGAGUGCGCAGUGCGCUUAGCCUCUUCUUCUUGCACUCUCUCUGCUAACUUGCACAUCUCAUCUACCCGAUUCUCUCUUCUCCGCCGAUCUCUGCCGUUGACCUCUGCAUCUAUUAUUGGCUCACCUCUUCUUUCUCUUGGGCAGAUACCUAUUCCUAGUGGCAAUGUGUAUGCCAUAAAUGAUGCAUUAUCAGUAGAGGGUGCAACAGAUGAUUAUGAGACUUGUCUAAAAUAUUUGGUUAAGAGCAAGAUUGUAGACAUUUCUGAGGCUACUGGAUUUCCCAAAUUUGAUGUAAUGCUAUUGGGUAUGGGUCCUGGUGGGCAUGUAGCUUCAUUGUUUCCCGGGCAUCCUCUUGUCCAUGAGAAAGAGAAGUGGGUCACCUUCAUCAAGGAAUCUCCAAAACCUCCACCGGAAAGGAUUACAUUUACAUUUCCUGUAAUAAACACAUCCGCCAAUAUUGCUCUUGUUGUAGCAGGUGCUGGGAAGGUAGAUGUAGUGCAUAAAUCACUAGGUGAUAGUGAAAGUUCUAAUUUGCUUCCCGUGCAGAUAGUUUCACCUGAAGGAGAAUUGGUCUGGUUUUUGGACAAGGCUGCCGCUUCAUACCUGUAAGGAUGAUGAUAUAUG